CGCUAAACUCCCAAGGCGUCCGUCCCGAGCAGAACAGAGAAACUUACCCACUCUUCUCUAACUCUUCGCCAAACCUCGGAGUCCAAGGCUGUGCCAUCAAUUGCCUCAAUUCCCAACUGUCAAGAUGACCAUCAACCCCACAUUCCUCGCCCAGCGCACUCGUUCCUCUGCCAACCUGGCCGAGGCGAAGCGUCGUGUCAUCCGGUCCUACAGAGAAUGGCUUAGAGCGUCCCCCGAGAUCCAGACUAUGUACUCCCUGGACAUGCCCGUUUCCGCCAUCCGGACGAAGAUUCGCCAGGAGUUCGAGAAGCACCGUUACGUCAGCCAAUUGAAUGUGAUCGACGUGCUGUUGUACCAGAGCCACGCCGAGUUCCAGGAAACCCUCAACUACUGGAAGCAGCUGUCGCACGUGAUGAAGUACUUCCGGCCGGAGGAGGAGCCCGGUGCUCGCCUCCCCCCAAACUUCAUCUCCGGCUUCUUGGAAGGCCGCAAUUAAUCUCAUGUUUCCCAUUUUCUUCAAAUCAUCCCGCAGCAUUGAAAGUUUUUUUAUUCCUUCUAGUUAUGAGAACAACCCUGGGCUUAGACCCGUGAACUGAUAGAUCCGGGUAGAGGGUAUGAGUGUGCGCUCGCGCUCUAUGUAAAUAUGGUGUUGUUGUUAGAUUAAGCAAUGGACUCGUGUAUCACGAGGUGUAGGGUCGGUCUGUGUGUGUCUUGUCCGGGGUAAGCAGUGGAGGUGCUCUUCACAUGACGUAAAGAUCCAGAGCUUAGGGGGUAGUAAUAUAGCUCUCCCAUGCAUGCCAUGUUAC